AUGUUCCCCGCCGAAAGCGACAGCUUCCAGCGUCAAGAUCCAACUCAAGAUCCCAGGCCAAGUUGCGUAAGCCUAAUUUUCCCUAGGGAAGCACAUUUCAAGGGGGGGCGACUGUUAGACUUCCUGCGUACUUGGGAAUUAAAAGGAGCACCACGAGGAAUCCUCCAAAUAAUUGGAGGUUAUACAAUACCUUUUGUUUCCAAACCCCCUCUAGUUCACUUCUCCGUUUUGACAAAAAUCAGUUUCGAGACGAAAGGUAUGGAGUCAGAACUAACCUCACUACAAGAACAGGGCAUCUUAGAAACUUCAACUUCGACCACAGGGUUUUUAUCAAGGAUGUUUCCAGUCACAAAAUCAGACGGCUCUGUUCGCCCCAUUAUCAACCUUCGAGGUCUAAAUCGCUACUUAUCUCCGAAGAAAUUUCGUCUCAUAAAUCAUACCAAGGUUCUCGACUUCCUCCAACCCCGGGACUACCUUCUAAAGUUGGACAUAUCCCAAGCUUAUUUCCACAUCCCUGUGAAGCCACAACAUCGAAGGUUUUUGUCAGUUGUUCACCAAGGCGAAAUUCUACAAUUCACUUGUCUCCCGUUUGGCCUAUCGACCGCUCCUCUAACCUUUUCCAAGGUGACAAACUGGUUGGCCUCUCAACUAAGAAACAGGGGUGCAAGAGUUAUAGUCUAUCUAGACGAUUUCCUGUUUGCAGGACAGGAUCCGAGUCAACUAGAGAUCAUAUGGCACGAAGCUGUUCAUUUCCUGACAGAAUUAGGAUGGAUUUUAAACCUAGAAAAAUCGUCAAAAAACCCCGUUACCCGCCUGAAAUUUCUCGGUAUUGUCUGGGAUACUGUCGCCAACUUGAGGUCUCUGCCGCUAGAAAAGAUCACUUCUAUAGAAAAGGACUUGAAAAUAGUUUUUAAACACAACUCUUGGAACUGGGAAAUUGCAAAACGCCUAUUGGGAAAACUCAACUUUGCAGCCUUCAUAGUACCACUCGGAAGGAUACACUCCAGACACCUUCAGAGAGCAUCCAAUCAUCUUUCCCAGUUUCAACGAAAAGUAGUAGUUCCGUUGCCUCCAAGCGCUCGAAAGGAAUGCACGUGGUGGCUACAAAACCUCAGAAAUUCCUCUCCAAUUUUUGCAUGUCGCAAGACGAUCUUCCUGUCGACCAAUGCCUCAGAUCUAGGCUGGGGGGCUCAAUUAAAUGGCAAACAUAUGCAGGGGUUGUGGAAUCCAAAACAAAAAAUAUAG